AGAGGGUGCCAUUCGUAGAUUCUGUUUAUGUAGCUAGCUGGCUAGGUCGCAAGCAAGCGGCAGUACAUUUAUAAGAAAAUAAGCAGUGCUAUACCCAGGAGCUGGGGAGGAAAUGAGCUGUAGAGAGACGCAGACGAAGCAAUGUUCCUGCGGACCCCGCCGGCGUGCGCAAACGCUCCGACACUGACCGCCCCACACGCCCGACCCAUGCUGAGAGCCACGGCACGCUGUCAUGGAGAACAAGACCAAUGGCUCAGUGGACACCAGAGCUCUUGUGGGGAACGGGCGGCUUCCUGACCCCGCCCACUGGGCUGUAGCUGAUGUGGUGGAGUAUUUCAGAGCUGCUGGCUUUGAGGAACAGGCCGCUGCCUUCCAGGACCAGGAAAUAGACGGCAAAUCCCUGCUGCUGAUGACGCGUAAUGACGUCCUGACCGGGCUGUCAAUCAAGCUGGGUCCCGCACUGAAGAUCUACGAGUACCAUGUGAAACAGCUACAGACCCAGCACCUGAAGAACAGCGCUGCAUAGCACCACCUGCAGGUGGAAUGAGGAGGACAAUCACUGGUGGAGGUGGCUCGGUAAGAGUCUGUCCCGAGAGACGGAGCAACACAGACAAACAGACUCUGCCUGGACGAUGUCUGUGUCUUGUGCAAGUUUAGCUGAACAGCAGCUGAGGAAACAGCACUCACAGGAGCUGAUGUCUCUCCGGUCAUCCCUGUUUCUUCUGUAAGGGAGAAGGGGGGCUCAUCUUGGAUUUUUUUUCUCUUCACUCGAGGUUUUUUGUUUUGACCACAUGGGGUCGCUGUUACUACAUCCUGAAGAGCACCCGAACAGACCACACAUGGACAUCGUCUUUAAAUAACAGACCAUGCAUGGAUAUUAUCUUUAAAUAAACUCAAAGACCCGUAUUCCUGGAGGAGAGUAUGUGAACAUGGUGUGUGUGAGACGCUGUGAUCUGAGAUCACCUGUCUGUAAGAUCACACACCUGAGCUGCAGGCUGAGAUCGUGUUGGUGGCAGAUGGGUCUGAUGGUGCUGCCCUCCCGCGCACAGGAUGGGGGGGGGGCAGGGCAGCACAGCCCCCACACUGAGGGGGUGUUCAGUGUUAUCAGGCAUCUCAUGGGUCCUUUCACUAUGAAAAGGGUAAAAUGACUCUUUGAAAAUCACAAGUUUCUGAAACUGAGGCUGUGGUUUUUUUGGUCCUGUCAGAAUUGACCCACUGUUUUAUAUUUUUACAAGUAUUACACUAUACUGUCAAACUUGAAGUGUGCAAGAUGCUUUUGAA